AUGGAAACCAGAGAUCCUACUGGGAAAGAAAAUGUGGGGGCCAAGAAAAAGAACUUGACCUUUUUAAGGCACCGGCUGUACAUGCUGGAGAGGAGGAAAACCGACACGGUGGUGGAAAGUAAUAUUUCUGGGGACCACAGCAUCUCUGCGACGCUGAGGAGGAGCCAGUCUGACAGGAGUGAAUACAGCCAGAAAUUGCAAGAAAAGAUGGCACCCCAAGCAGGGUCCUCAGGACCAGUUGGUUCACUGUUGGAAACUGAAGAACAGCUAAAGAGUCGGAUGAUGGCCAAAAGGCAAAAGAUAAUUGCGGAAAUGGUUCAGACAGAAAAAGACUACCUCCAUGAUCUGGAAUUGUGCAUUAAAAUAGUGGUUGAGCCCUUGAGAAGAAGGCAGAUUGCUAGGUUUGAUGUGGACGGUUUAUUUAGCAACAUCGAAUCAGUCCAUCAGAUAUCAACCAAACUGCUGUCGUCUUUGGCAGAAGCUACGGUGGACGUGGAGCCUGACGUGCAAAUAAUUGGGCAAGUGUUUUUGCAGAUUAAAGACCAACUAGAAGAGGCAUACAAAAUCUACUGCUACCACCACGAUGAGGCCCACUUCCUGCUGGAAUCCUACGAAAAGGAUGAAGAACUGAAGCAACAUUUAAGAGACUGCCUACAGUCCUUAAAAAAGAUAUAUGAAGAAGGGGGGAAACCAAAUCUACUAGACAUGGGAUCUCUGAUGAUCAAACCCAUACAGCGUGUGAUGAAAUAUCCCUUGUUACUAUGUGAACUCUUGAACGCAACUCCCAUGGCUCACCCAGACCACAACGCACUGCAGGAUGCCCUGGUUGCUGUGAAAGCCAUGAAUAUGAACAUCAAUGAACUAAAGAGGCGAAAGGAUAUAGUAUUGAAAUAUAAGAAGAAUGAUGAAGAUGAAUCUCUGAAAGAGAAGUUUUCAAGAUUAAACAUUCACUCAAUUAGUAAGAAGUCCAAGAGAGUCACCGGGCACUUGAAAAUUCUAACUGGAGGAGAACCACAGGUGAAAGAUGAAACUUUUAAUAAGGAGGAGAAGUUAUUCAGAAGUUUAGAAAAGACAGUCAAACUAUGCGUAAAGAAUAUUUCGUUGUCUCUACAGCAUCUGGAGGACUCUAUGCUUCUGGCUGCACAAAAUGCAACUCAACUUCAAGAUCUCCUCCAUGAGAGAGAAGAUGAGGAAACCAGCUCUUCAGACAUGUUGCUCAAUGCUGAAAAUCCCAACAAAGGAUUUGCAAGGCAAGUCGACAAGAUGGUGUUGACCCCACUCUCGGCAUUACAGGCCUUAUUCAUAGGUCCUCAGAAGCUUAUUCAGAAGCGUUAUGACAAACUGCUGGACUAUAACAGCUACCACCAAAAGGCGGCAGGAGACGAGAUGGAUCUGGCCAGAAGAGAAUAUGAGGCUCUCAAUACCCAGCUUGUGGAGGAGCUCCAGAGGUUCAACAGGGCAGUAAAGAAAAUUGUGACAAAUUGCCUGUGUUGUCUCAUCACUCUCCUGAGAGAUAGGAUGUCAUCAGCACUGAAAUCCUUUUCCAUGGGGGAAUCUCUCAUACCACUCUCUUCUCCAAGUAUCAGUGAAGUUCAACACCAAGUGCUCGAAGAUGUACAGAAUCUGAAUUUUGUCAAAGAAAACAACAGCAUAACUUUUAUCGAGAGAAAGCUGAGCUUUGAAAAAAAGAAGCCCGCCCCUCCCCAGCCUGAAUUUCCACGGCAGACUGAAAACCACAGGUCAAUGAUACUGUCUACGUACAGCUUGGAUUUGCUGUACCAAGCCAAACGAAAAUGCAAUGCCACUCAGGACUUUGAUAUUGAUCUCUAUGAAGGAGACGUGGUGGCUGUCGUGGAGCAAAAGGAUCCUUUUGGAAGUACCAGCAGGUGGCUUGUUGACACAGGAUUUUUGAGAGGCUAUGUUUACUCCUCCUUCCUGAAACCUUACAAUCCAGCCAAGGUACCAAAGGAUGUUGGGGAGACCAGUUUUUGCAAUGGGGAUUUUGACAACAUCAGCCUUUUUGUCUCUUCGCGGCAAGGAGAUGACAACAGCAUGAAACCUGCAGGACACAAGAGGAGCAGCAGCGGCUCUUCCUAUAAUAGCCUGUGUGAAAGAACGUCUAUUAACGGGACAGAAGUGGAUAGCGUUUACGAAACAGAUGACCAACACACUUUCUAUGCAGUCCAUGCAUUUCAAGCAAGGAGUCAGCAGGAACUCAGUCUUCAGGAGUAUCAGCGCGUGAGGAUCCUUCGCUUUUCUGAUCUGAGUGGCAACAAAGAAUGGUGGUUAGCGGAGGCGAAAGGACAAAAAGGAUAUGUCCCAGCAAAUUACCUUGGGAAGAUGACAUAUGCAUAA